AUGCCGCUACUGCCUCUGUCGAAGCAGGGUGAACCCCGUCAAUGGCGGCGUCGGCUACCCAACCACACUCUCCUGCACCACAUCGACAUCCCGCUCCCGCAAGACAUCGUCAUCAAGAGGCCUGGAAGACCGCGGUGUCUACGAUUUUCAGGUGUCUGCGGCCUUUCUUUCCUUGCCGGACUUGUUCGCUUGCGUAUCGAGCUUACGAGCCAGGAGCGAAUGACCAAUCUAUACCUGGAGAGCGCGAGCUUCGGCGCUGAGACGGUAAGUGCAAUCAGGAUCGUGUCGAGUUUUAACACUGGAGGAGAAGGUCUCCUGUCCCAGCACAUAACUCUGUACCAGGGAUCCAUGCGCGACAAUGCCCUGUUUGGGAUCGCUGAAGCAUUUGAAGUUGAGCGAGAACGCUUCAUUCAAAAGCAAAGACGCGAACAUCCACGAUUUCCUCCAGUGCCUCCUGAAAGGAAAUGGUACUGA